GUGACGGCGGCGACCGUGACACAAACACCCGCUCCGUGACGCCGAUCAGGCCGGGGGAGGAACCACGCAGGCGAUGCGCUGAGCCCGGAAAGCGGCGCGCAAUCCUCCGUCAGAGGGAGGCAGGACACACCGGUCACAGAUCUGCCGUCAAGCGGUGCUCUCUUUCCGCGGACAUCCAUCCGUCUUGGAGCGUUCCUGGGAGUGACACUGCGGGGGAUCUCAGGCAUAACAAGUGUGUGUAAGAGUGUGUGUGUGUAAGAGUGUGUGUGUGAUUAGUGAUUAGUGAAUGAAUGAGGAUGCCAGGUGUGACCAAGUACAAUCUGGUGGACGACUCCCACGACCUGAGGGUUCCUAUGCAUAACGAGGAGGUGUUCCAGCAUGGGGUCUGCUUCGAAGCCAAGUACAUUGGCAGCCUGGAGGUGGGUCGUCCUGGCAGUCGCAUGGAGAUAGUGGCCGCCAUGAGGAGGAUCCGAUACGAGUUCAAGCUGAAGAACAUAAAGAAGAAGAAGGUCAACAUCGUGGUGUCCACGGACUUUGUCAAGGUGGUCCUGAGGAAGAAGAAGAGAAAAGGCUGGACCUGGGACCAGAACACCAUCUUGGUGUCGGAGGACCCCAUCUACAGGAUUUUUUAUGUCUCGCAUGACGCCCAAGACCUGAAGAUCUUCAGCUACAUCGCCAGAGAGGGCGAGAGCAACAGUUUCCGCUGUAACGUCUUCAAGUCCAAGAGGAAGUCCCAGGCCAUGAGGAUCGUGCGGACCGUGGGUCAGGCCUUCGACGUGUGCCACCAGCUGACUCUGCAGCAGAAGACAGAGGACCAGGAGGACCAGGAGGACAAGACCAAGGAGCCGGAAGACCUGUCAGCGGAGAGGAGGUUUGCCUGGUCAGAGACUGACCUUGAAGGCACCACGGAGGACAGCAUGGACUGCAACACCUCAUCAGACCUGGAGAGAAAGAAGAAAGUCCCGGGCAAACAGGGGAAGUUCUCCGAUGACGGCUCUCUCCUUCUGAGCUCACCCGCCAGCCAGGCUCCUUUGGCGGCUCAGUCCGGUGCAGAGAGACCCUGCAGUUCCUCAGAGCAUCGCUACCAACUCCUGCAGAAAGAACUGCAGCAGCAGGAGCAACACGCCCUGGCAGCUUCUGCCCAGGUGCACGUGCUGCGCGGCCAGCUCUCCGUGGAGGUGUGUGCUCGGACCGAAGCCCAGACCAGAGUCCAGAGACUGCUGCAGCAGAACACGGACCUGUUGCAGCACAUUUCCCUGCUCGUCAAGCAGGUCCAGGAGCUGGAGAUCAAGGCCGGCGGACAUCUGACGUCCAUGGGCUCGCAGGACAGUCUCCUGGAGAUCACCUUCCGCGCCCAGUCCUCCAGCACGCCCAGUGACCCCCUCACCCCUUCGCCCUCCACGGCCACCUCGCUCUCUCUGCAGCAGAUAAGUGACGGCGCUUGGGUCUCCGCCCUGUCCGCCGGGCCCUGCUCCCCGGGCUCCGCAGCCACCGACAGCAGCCCCCCGGGUCUGGGGGGUGGGGUGGUGCGCCUGGAGUGCUUCCGUUUCUCCUCUCUGGGUCCGGAGGGUCCGGAGCAAGGCCGAAGCACGGGAGGGACGCCCGAGGACGGCGUCCCAGAUGACGCUUCCCUGGUCCUGGGCGCUUUGGAGCUGCUCCGGUUCAGGGAAUCGGGGAUCGGAUCGGAGUACGAAUCCAACACGGAUGAGAGUGAUGACCGGGACAGUUGGGGCCUAGGGGAGGCGGCCACGCUGGACGGCGCCAUUCGACUGUUCAACGUGUUGAAUGUGGAGAGUCUAUCGGACUGUCUGGGGGAGGAGGUGGCCAUUUAGACGU